CUUUGUUUCUUCUUCGUGGGUGAAAUGGUCCGCGAUCGCCUUCCCUCGAGUGCAGGCGACGUGCCGGCUGAUCUGUUCACGAGCGGCAACCCUGAGGAUGUCUUUGAGUGUCUGCAGGAGAUUGGUCACGGCAGCUUUGGCGCCGUCUUCAAAGGUCGGGAUAAGCGCACUGGCGAGAUUGUCGCCAUCAAGAAGAUGACGGUCAGCAAGGGCAGACACAGCGAUGAGGAGUGGCAAGAGGUCUUCAAGGAGAUUGCCUUCAUCCGGUCGUGCGACCACGAAAGCAUUUGCCGAUACAAGGGCGCCUACAUCAAGGGCAACACCAUCUGGCUGGCUAUGGAGUAUUGCGUUGGUUCCGCAACCGAUAUUGUCGAAGUUUUCAGGACACCACUAUCCGAAGAGGAAAUCUCCGCAAUCGUGCUAGAAGUGUUGAAGGCCCUGAAUUAUUUGCACCAAGGCAAGAAAAUCCACCGAGACAUCAAAGGCCACAAUGUGCUUCUCACCGAGGACGGUCAAGUGAGGGUGGCCGAUUUUGGUUCUGCAUCCAUGGCGGAUCCGGCAAACACCUUCAUCGGCACGCCUUACUGGAUGGCUCCCGAGCUCAUCAUGGCCAUGGAAACCGGAACGUAUGAAAACAAAAUUGAUAUUUGGUCGCUUGGCAUCACUUGCAUCGAGCUGGCCGAUCGGCGCCCACCACUGUACGACAUCCAUGCGAUGAGCGCACUUUAUCACAUUCCGCAAAACGAACCGCCCAAGCUCGCAACCGAAGGCUGGUCGGACACUUUCAAGCAAUUUAUCGCCCUGUGCCUUCAAAAAGACCCCGCAAAGCGCCCUUCGGCUCAAGAAUUGUUGCAGCACAACUUUAUCAAAAUGGACAAACCACCAGGCAUCUUGGUGAACUUGGUGCGCCGCAGUCAAGGUCUCGUCAGCGAGCUGGACUCGCAGCACUACCACGAUCUGCAAGCCAUGCUUCGCCCCGAUGACGACAGUUACGACGGCGCCGACCUCAAGGCGCCGACCGACCACCGAAACCUCUCCAAGGAUAGCUCAUCAGAAGACCUUAGCAUCAACUUUGGAACGUUGCGACCCCGAAGCGUCAUGGUCGGCGAAAAGGCAAACGAACACGACCUGCUUCGUUCACAGCUCAAGGAGCUCACGCGUCUCAAGAAGAAGCACCAGCUUCAACAAGAUGUGCUGCAACGGCAGCACGAGCAAGAGCUCUUGGAUGCCAAAGUGCAAAACCAAAAAGACCUGGAAGCACUGCUCAAGCAGCAAGACGCAGAGAUGGAAAAGCUCCGGAACAAGCAACGGCCCGAGCUCGAGGCAAUGCUCAAGUUUGAGGCACACGAAGAGAAGAAAGAGCUGAAGGCCCUUCGCGACUUCCAAGCCACCGAGUUUAAGCAAUACCAAGAUGCGCAAAAGACCGACUUGAAGGAGAAGCACAAGGUGCUUCUUGCAAGCACACCCAAGACGGAUCGCAAGAAUGUCGACAAGCCGACUUUGGGCGAGGAGCAGGCCGAGUUGAACGUCAAGAUUCGCGAGGAGCAACGGCUUACGCUUGACAAGAAGAUGAAAAAGUUCAAGGAGAUUUUGAUCAAAAAGCGCCAAGCUGUGGAAAUGGAAUGUGUGGUCGAUGAAACAACCAUGCUCAAGCAACACCGACAAGCGCAAUGGGACGUCAAGCGCCAACUCCAACAGGCGCUGCGCGACAUGCGCUUGCAGCACCUGCGCAAGGUCCACGAAGCACAAGAGUCUCAACAAUCCACCACUCAAAAGCUCGAGUGCGACAACAUGGUCGAGUACCACUCAAAGUCAGAGAAGGACAUGCGCCGCAGGCAAUACCUCGAGUCCAAGGCGCGUCCCAAGGAGUCCAAGGCGAUUGAGCAAGGGUUGAAACGCAGGUUUGAGGAGCUGGUCAAGAACGAGCGCAAGUCCUUCAAGGAACGGUGCAAGCGUGCCGCCGAAAACACACCCAAGGACGAAGUGGACGAUCAACUUCGGCGUCUCAAGAAGGAAUUGAUGGUCACCUUGCAAAACCUGGCGGUCGACUUCCAGCGAAACCUCUCCGAGAGUCUGGACAACUCCAACACGCAGUUCGACUUGAAAAUCCAAGAGGAAGUGGCCGACAUGAGCUGCAAGCACUCGGACACACAAAAGUCGCUCAAGCAGUUCCAACAGCAGCGCAAAGAUCGCAGCAAGCUGCGCCACCUCGCCGAAGAGGACGAAUUGAAGCGGCUGCUGCUCCUCAAGCAGGAAGAGCUUGCGCGCCAAACCCACGAGGACAUGGACCGUCUCAUCAAAGAUUCGGACUCUCGCGUUGCCGAGCUCAAGGCCAAGCACACGCUCGAGCUGGAGGAGCACAACGCGCAGUACAAGGUGCCAGAUCCUUAAAUCAGGUUUUUACAAUCAGGUUUUUACUGUCAUACAGCGUCUCUGUAUCCUUUGCUUCGACUUUUAUUUUUUCUUCCUCUUCUGUUUCGUCGUCUUCUUCCUCUCGCUCUCUCUCUUUCUCUCUCUCUCAAAACCCCAUCCCCAAUUCUUCACUUCUUUCCACUUUCACCUCUAUUCUUGUGAGAUCGGCUUGGUUCCGACCCGGUGUAGUUUUUGUCCCCCCCUUCCCCUUCCGUGUUUUUGUUGGCUUUAUGCUUUACUUGUCAACGUGUAUGCGAUUGUCGCGUUACCGCCAUCAUACCCAUUAAAUUCAAUUGGAUGAACAA